UCAACUUGCUGGGAACUAGUUGAAGUGGAGCAGGACAGUUCCCUGUCACAGUGUAUAGGAGGCAGCCAGUGAGGGCUCCAGCAGCAUGGUGGCCCCCAGCGCCUGUGCCCACAAGCUCCUGUCCUUCUUCCCCUUCCUGCUCGUCCUGUUUGAUCUGCAGUAUGAAGGUGUGGAAAGCGGAAUAAAUGCAGACGUUGACAAGCACCUUGAAAUGGGGAAGAAGUUGUUAGCUGCCGGGCAGCUUGCUGAUGCUUUAUCACAUUUUCAUUCAGCCAUUGAUGGAGAUCCAGAUAACUACCAGGCAUACUACAGAAGAGCAACAGCGUACCUGGCCAUGGGCAAAUCUAAAGCCGCAAUCCCUGAUUUAAGUCGAGUGAUUGAGCUGAAACCAGACUUCACAUCAGCAAGAUUACAGAGAGGACAGUUACUGCUGAAACAAGGGAAAUUGGAUGAAGCAGAGGAGGACUUUAAAAGAGUGCUGAAGUCUAACCCCAGUGAUCAAGAGGAGAAAGAAGCUACGUCACAACUGGCAAAGUCAGAUGAAAUUCAACGCACGCGUUCACAAGGAAUUGCAGCCUACAACCAAAAAGAUUACACAACUGCAGAAAGCUUGCUCAACAUUGUCUUGGAGACUUGUGUAUGGGAUGCAGAAAUUCGAGAGCUGCGGGCAGAAUGCUACAUCAAUCAAGGAGAGCCCAGGAAAGCCAUCAGUGACCUGAAAGCUGCCUCCAAACUAAAGAGUGAUAAUACAGUAGCCUUCUACAAAGUCAGCCGCAUAUAUUAUAAUUUGGGGGACCACGAGAUGUCGCUCAGUGAAAUCCGGGAGUGUUUAAAACUCGAUCCUGAUCACAAAGAUUGCUUUUCACAUUAUAAACAAGUGAAGAAGCUGAACAAACAGAUCCACGUUGCUGAGGAGCUUAUACAGGAAGGAAGGUAUGAAGAUGCCAUCAGUAAAUAUGGAGGCGUUUUAAAAACAGAGCCAAAUGUCCCUAGUUAUGCUGCACUGGUCCAGGAACGUUUGUGUCACUGUUACACAAAGAAUCAGCAGUCUACCGAAGCCAUCAAAGAGUGCACAGAAUUCCUGCAGAAAGAUCCAAAUAAUGUGAAUGCACUAAAGGACCGAGCAGAAGCUUACGUGCUAGAAGAAAUGUAUGAAGAAGCUAUUCGGGAUUAUGAGACGGCACAGCAAAACAGCGAAAAUGACAAACAGAUAAGAGAAGGUCUAGAGAAAGCACAAAAGCUCCUCAAGCAGUCCCAAAAAAGGGAUUACUAUAAGAUCCUGGGGGUAAAAAGGAAUGCCAAGAAACAGGAAAUCAUAAAAGCUUAUAGAAAGCUGGCACAGCAGUGGCACCCAGAUAACUUUCAUGAUGAAGUACAAAAAAAGAGCGCAGAGAAGAAAUUCAUUGACAUUGCAUCUGCCAAAGAAGUCUUAACGGAUCCAGAAAAGAGAAGUCGAUUUGAUGCAGGUGAAGAUCCUUUGGACCCUGAGAGCCAGCAAGGAGGAGGUGGGGAACAUUUCCAUCGAGGAUGGAACCAGUGGCAGGGAUUCAAUCCAUUCGGCUCAGGAGGACCUUUCAAUUUCAAGUUCCACUUCAACUAGAGACUAAAUUGGUGGCACUCUCAUGCACCUUGAUAGCAAAGAAAAUAAAAUGUUUUGUUACAGAGCUGUACAACUUCCCCGGGAGAUUGGCUGGAUGACUGCUGUGCAGGCUUAGUAAAGUCAACCAGACACAACUGUUUGGACACAUUGUCAGAGAAACAUUUUCAUUUUCUGAGUAUUGAAGACAGACUUGAAUUGGUGUCCAGCUAUUAUUUUUCUUCCCAAUGACAGUAUUUCUAGAGGAAGAAAUACUCAUUUAUUUACCUUCCUUCAUCAUUCAGGAACAAUCCUCAAGUAGGGAGAGUUCCAGGACCCUCAGCCAUCUGAGGACUUAUCAAAGAUACCAGAUUAUAUUAAAGUGACAGUAUAAAGCCGUGCCAAGACUUCAUACCAAGGAAUUGUUACCUACCUGAAACCAUUUUCCAAAUAUGUAAAAUGAAGGUAGAUUAUAUCUACUCUACUUUUCAGAUGUCUAGUCCUUUAUAAUCCAGACACUUUAUUCUGGAUCAGCAGACCCAUGUGUAGGUCUCUAGGAUGUUCCCGAAACCCAUUAACAAAUCCUUUACCAGCAGGAGAGGGGAACUGCUCUCAAACUGUAGUGUGCUUGUUUCAAGUCACAAGGUGUGUGGUCGCAAGUCCCUCUUUUUAUGCCAUCCUUGCUACUUUUCCAAAAGGGGGCAUGGCCAACAUCUGAGACUAAUUUAUUUCAUUUACACUAGUUUUCUGGUUACAAAUGAAGGCAGAAAUCUAUGGCAGCUCUGAACUGGCGCAUGGACUGCAGGAGGAUGUGCCUAAUUUCUAAUGAGGCCUAUGCCUCAUCAUAAAUAUGGGGCAUCCUCCAGCAGUGCAGGAGAUAUCAAGAGAGCUGCAGAAAGCACCUGCCUGUAUAAAUCCCCCCCCACUGAGUGCCAGGAAGGUGGAGUACUGUACAUGGCAUGCAAUUAAUUUAUUUCAGUAUGUGUUUCAGACACUCUUAAAGCCACCGUUAAUAUUUUAAAAAAAUGUGGAAAGGCUAAAAAGAGUGAUAAAGUGCAUUACAGUUGUAGUUGGCAAAAUACAUAUCAAAGAUCCAUCAGCCAUGAGGUGAAAGAGUGUCUAAUGUGUGCAGUAAAUUGUCCCUUUAAUAAAUUGAGCACAAUUUUACACUGUGAUGUGUAUGUUCAGGUAGCAGCCAGCUAAAGUAUGUCCGUCAUGUCCCAGUGCUGGAUUGUCUGUUCACCGGGAUGCCCUGCAUUUCUACAAGUAACUUGAAAAGCAAGCUAUUGAGUGUAUAGUGCACCAGUUAAAGGGGGUUUUCAGGAUUGGAAAAACAUGGCUGCUUUUUCCAGGCAAAACUAUAAGUAGCCACUGAACAUUCAAAGUGAAAACCGUAGUCCCAUCAUUCUUCCCUCUCUCUUUGGCUUCAAUUUUCAAGUAACUGGAUAUGUAAUGCUCCCCACCCUUUCCUUCUCCACUGCUUAAAUAAAUGAACGGAAUAGCGUCAUCUGCUUCAGUAUGGGAUCACUACAUCAGCAGUGUGAAGAGGAAGCGAGCAGGGAAAGUACUGAGCAUGUGUGUCCACCACUGAGUGCAGGAGAAGGUGGACCAGAAGGAUAUGCAACCGAGGGUGCUUCUUUCUUUUUUUAUUGCAUGUAUAUUGCAAUAUUUUUUUAAUUUGAAAUGCCCUGUAUAUUGCAUAGCAAUGCUUUUUGUGGGCUAACUCCUUUAACUCUAAGGCCAGACACACAAGAGCGUGUUGAAUGUGAUAAACUCACAACGUGUCUGUGAGAGGUCCCUUUCUGUCCUCCACUCCUCUGACAGGAUCACACAGCAUUAAACUAAUUUAUAAUGCGGUGUAACCCUGAGAGUCCUGGGAUUUACUGUAUUACACUGACAGCAUUAUGUCAGUGUAAUUCAGGACUCUCAGGGCCACACAGCCUUAUAAAUCAGUAUAAUGCUGUACGAUCCUGUCCGAGGAGAAGAGGUCAGAACGGGACCUCUCACUGACACAUGUUGCUCCUGUGUGUCUGGCCUAAUAGAACAACUGGUUGUGUUGCCCAUAGCCACCAAUCAUCAUGUAUUUUCCAAUUUUUUUCUUUGGGCCGAAGUGGUGCAGUUGAGUGGAUGGAAAACAUUAGAAAUAUGCUGUUCUAGAGCCUGACACAACUGCAUCAUGGAGAUGACUAUGAAAUAGAGAUAAGCGAAUCGAUCCAUCACAUCAGCAGAACUUUCUCACCAGGGGAGGGGGGUGGGCUGCUAUGACUGUGCAGGGUUAGCUACCAGUGGCGCCUGUGCAGUCGCUGCCCUGACACCAAGCCUUUGCUAAUUGUCAGCCCCUGUCCAUCUAGCAGCAGGUGGGACAAUCCGUCACAGGUAAAGGAGUCUUGCUGAUGAGACAAAUCGAUUGGUUCAUCUUUACUAUGAAUCCGUUAUUCUAAAUGUAUAUCAUGAGUAGAUCUCCUCUUAAGACAGACUAGUGAGUGUUUUUUUUGUCUUACAUGUAAGUUAUUUGUCACAGUUAAUUAACUACUAUUGAUUAUAUUGUGAUUGUUGGCAGAAGUUUUUGACAUUUGCCAAAUGUGCCUCAGAAGGACUGUGCAAUGGUUUGAUCGUGGUAGUUGACUGGAUGGAUAACAGACUUGGCUCGGGGCUUUUGUCCGUUUAGAAGAUGUCUGAGCUGCUUUGAGAUCAUUGGUUCAGUGAAUCCACAAAAAUGCUACUUGAACAUUAAACUAUUUUCUUUUGAAUGGAAUAAACUUUUUUUGUGCAUG